AUGGUACCAUUCCAGCAUCCGAUGCAGUCCGUCAUCCAUUACAUCGUCUUCCCUACAGUCGUAUUUUCAUUGCCUUCGCUUUUCUGCGUUACAAAGGGCGCAAGCAUGCUAUUCGGAAGAUCCGUGGGCCACCGAGUCCUUCAUUCCUCUUGGGUCACGAGUACCGUCCUCCGGAGUCGUCAACACGUAGGUGACUUAGAGACGGAAUGGCGUCAGCGAUACGGUGCCGUAUACCGCACCAAGGGUUGUUUCGCUAUAUAUUAUCUGUCGGUGACCCCUAAAGCACUGCAAUACAUUUUCCAUUCAUCUGGGUACCGAUUCUCAAAGACAAGAGACACCUAUCGCAUCCAAGAGGCUCUCACGGGACACGGCGUAGUUACUGUGGGGGGUGAAAUCCAUCAACGGCAGCGGAGAAUUCUCGGCCCUGCUUUUGCGGCGUCUCAACUCCGGCUCUUUCUGACCGUCUUCCAAGCCUUACGGAGAAAAUUAACGAGCCGUGUUGGGGAUGGUAGGGUGCUCGAUGUUUUGGAAUGGACGAACAAGGCCGCGCUGGAUAUCAUAGGCAUCACUUCAUUUCGAUAUCACUUCAAUUCGCUCAGCGGUGGACAAACCGAGUUGAUGGGGGCACUUAGUAAUCUCCUCGCCGAGGCUGGGAUGUGGCCGACACCAUUGGAGCUUUUGUACGCGGCGCUCUGGCGCGUACUUCCUGAAGAGGUCGCGAUGAAAGUAUCUCGACCUAUCUUCGAGCAACAGCUGAAAGAAGUGGCGAACGAUCCUAAUCCUGCUGAGAAGGAUAUCGUUAACGUUCUCGCGAUGUCUUAUCUCAAUGACGACGCGAAGAAGAAGAUGAGCGAUAUAGAAAUCGACUCCCAGCUGGCAACAUUUGUUAUAGCCGGUCAUGACACGACGGCAAACACUAUGGCUUGGCUUCUCUAUGAGCUGAGUCUUCACCCCGAUGAUCAAGUAAAAAUACGCCAGGAGAUUGCUCAAACCAAAUCGAAUGCCCCGGGGGCGCUCACCUCGAAUGACUACGAUUCAAUGCUCUGGCUAAAUGCGUGUAUCAAGGAAGCUCUCCGUCUCCACCCUCUGGUGUACGGCUUGUUUCGUGAACCAACUCAGGACGAUGUCCUACCCCUCGCCGAGCCUAUCACCACUUCGGAUGGCAAAUUGUGCGCGCAGGUCCCUAUCUCCAAGGGACAAGUUGUCAUGACCUCUGUGUAUACCUACGAUAGACUUCCAUCGGUCUGGGGCGAUGAUGCCGAGGAGUGGAAUCCCCGCCGGUUCCUUGACGGCCGGGAGAACAAGCAGACGUCCCUUGGGGUUUAUGCGAAUUUGUUGACCUUCAGUGCUGGUAUUCGUGGAUGUCUUGGAUGGCGAUUUGCUGUCAUGGAGCUGCAGUCUGUGGUUACAGAGCUCCUGGACAACUUUGAAUUUAGUAUGCCGAAAGGUGCUUCUAAAUUACAGCAUGGUCCCGCCGGUAUGGCUUUGAGUCCCAUCGUUCCAGGCAAGGCAGAGGAAGGACCGCAAAUCCCGUUGCUUGUAGCUGUGCUUAAAAAGUAG